CGUCACCGGCCCGGUUCCCUCUCCGGGGAGCGGCGGCGGACGCGCGGCUCCCACCCCCUCCCCUCUAACGGGUUCUCCCCUGCCCGGAGGUGGCCGCGACCCGACCCUCUGCAAGGCGAUGGCCCGGGCUCCGAGUGUGAGCUAGCGUGCCCCGGGUGCCGGGCCAUGGGCUGUAUCGGCUCUCGGAGCCCGGCGGGUCAGGCAUUUCUGGGGACCACCAGCUGGCUGAGGCUCAGGAAUAGAGACGGCUGCUCCAGCUAAAGUGGCCUCGGACCCCGCGUGGGCUGUGGAGUGGAUCGAACUUCCCCGGGGCCUCUCUCUAUCUUCCUUGGGAUCUGCUCGGACCCUCCGAGGCUGGAGCCGGUCCUCCCGCCCUUCCUCGGUGGACAGCCAGGACUUGCCAGAGGUGAAUGUUGGAGAUACAGUCGCGAUGCUGCCCAAGUCCCGGAGAGCCCUAACCAUUCAGGAGAUUGCUGCACUGGCCAGAUCCUCCCUGCAUGGUAUAUCCCAAGUGGUGAAGGACCACGUGACCAAGCCUACCGCCAUGGCCCAGGGCCGAGUGGCUCACCUCAUUGAGUGGAAGGGAUGGAGCAAGCCGAGUGACUCUCCUGCUGCCCUGGAAUCAGCUUUUUCCUCCUAUUCAGACCUCAGCGAGGGUGAACAAGAGGCUCGCUUUGCAGCAGGAGUGGCUGAGCAGUUUGCCAUUGCAGAAGCGAAGCUCCGGGCAUGGUCUUCGGUGGAUGGUGAGGACUCCACUGAUGACUCCUAUGAUGAGGACUUCGCUGGGGGAACUGAUACAGAAAUGGCUGGGCAGCUGCCCCUGGGGCCCCACCUCCAGGACCUCUUCACUGGCCGCCGAUUCUCCCGGCCUGUGCGCCAGGGCUCUGUGGAGCCUGAGAGCGACUGCUCGCAAACCGUGUCCCCUGACACCCUGUGCUCUAGUCUUUGCAGCCUGGAGGAUGGGUUGCUGGGCUCUCCAGCCCGUCUGGCCUCCCAGCUGCUGGGUGAUGAGCUGCUUCUUGCCAAACUGCCCCCCAGCCGGGAAAGUGCCUUCCGCAGCCUGGGCCCAUUGGAGGCCCAGGACUCGCUCUACAACUCACCCCUCACGGAGUCCUGCCUUUCCCCCGCUGAAGAGGAGCCAGCCCCCUGCAAGGACUGCCAGCCACUCUGCCCACCACCAGUGGGCAGCUGGGAACGGCAGCGGCAAGCCUCUGACGUGGCCUCUUCUGGGGUGGUGUCCUUAAAUGAGGAUGAGGCACAGCCAGAGGAACAGUGACUCAGAUCAUGCCUGGUGGUGGCAUGUGUCCCCCGGCUGCUGCUAGGGGCUGAGCCUCCGUGCCCAAGUGUGGGCUUGAGGCUCCCAGCAGAGCUUUGCAGCCUAGAGGGCUUCUGGGGGCACUCACUUCUCCAUUGUGUGUUUUGCAUGAAAGUGUUUGGAGAGGAGGCAGGGGCCGGGCUGGGGGCGCAUGUCCUGCCCCCACUUUUGGGGCUUGCCGGGGGUUGCCCGGGGCCCCUGGGGCAUGGCUACAGCUGUGGCAGAUGGUGAUAUUCAUGUUCUUAAAUCAAAAACUCCACACACGUUUCCUCCUCGGACCAUGUGAACCCCUGAGGGGGUUCUUGUGACUGGGCUGUAUGAGGAUGCAGUGGGAGGGGGCCCGGCCACCUCUCCACCCUCCCCAUGCCUCUCUCUUCUCUGCUUUUCUCCUCACCUCUGAGUCCAUGUGCAGUGCUUGAUAGAAUCACCCCCACCCGGAGGGGGCUGGCUCCUGCCCUCCCGGAGCCUACGAUCGAGCCAUCUCCCAAGGGCCCUUGCCCACUUGGGCUCGUGCUGUGCUUCACCUCUCCAUCGUCUCUAAAUCUUCUUUUUUCCUAAAGACAGAGGGUUUUUGGUCUGUUCUUUCAGUCGGAUCAUCUCUGGGAGGCUUUGGAAUGAUGAAAGCAUGUACCCUUCACCCUUUUCCUGGCCCCCUGAUGGGGCCUGGGUCCUUUAGCAGCCCUUCCUAGGACGUGUGGGCAGGUUCCUGGAGGCUCACAGCCAGCCAGACUGCCCCACUCGUGCAGUUCUCUUUAGGGUGGAGGUGGAAGAAAGGAUGGUUCUGGUUGCUACAGAGCUGUGACUUCAAUGUUCUUCCAGUGAGGCCCACAAGGGGGCUACAUGGGUGGCCGGGCAGUUGUCAGCUGAUGCCUUCAGGGGCAGGAAUUGUGCCAAUGAGUGACAGUCAUGAGGGAGUGUCUCCCCUUGGGGAGGAAAGAGGGUAGUGCCUUUCUUGGCUGAAUGAAAGGCCAAAGCUACAGUACUGGGGGCCUCCCGCCCCAGCCCGGGUGUUAAUGACCAUGCAGUGGAGGUCACUGGCAUUGCAAGGACACUGGACUCUAGAUUUUUAUGGCUGUGGGGAGGGUGGGUGGCUGUGGAAUUAGGGGCCUUAUAGCCUUUGGCAGGUAAGAGGGCCCAAGGUAAGAACAAGAGCCAGAGGGCACAAGCAUUCUAUAUAUAAGUGGCUCAUUAGGUGUUUAUUUUGUUCUACUUAAGAAUUUGUUUUAUUAAAUUAAUAUAAAAAUCUUUGUAAAUCUCUA